AUGUGUCUCAACCACCUAAGGGACCACCUGCCACCCGGUCCACCUGGACCGUCAGGAGACCAGUGUUGCUCCUGGAGCCUGGAAAUUGCUAGCGAACUGAAGGAAUCAAGGAGCACCCGGCAAAGGACCACUGGACUGCCGGUGGAGAUGGUUAAACCAGGAGCGAAUGGCGAAGCUGGGCUCGGCUUGAGUCGGUGCGGGUGGUUCAGGAGACCGGACUGCCGGAUCCCUGUCAGAGGAGAAGCAUGCGACCAAGGGACAACAGGAGAUGCGGGGCACCUGGACCUGUGGUCCAAAGGGCCUUCGAGGAUCACAGGCACACCUGGAGCUGAUGGUAACUCUGGAGCGCCUGGUCAAGCUGGUACAGCAGGAUCACAAGGAGAAAAAGGAAUUUGUCCAAAAUAUUGCGCUAUCGAUGGUGGAGUGUUUUUUCGAGGACGGAACUCGACGAUAGAUUCCUGA